AUGGCCCCUGAACCUGGCAAAUUGUACUAUACUAUAGAGUUAAUGGCUGCACAGGGAACAAGACCACCUUUGUUCCCACUCAAAUACAGAAUAGCAGAGUGGGCAUGCAUUGGCCAAUCAUCAAUGCGAAUGGAACGUCACGUUUCUAGGCAUGUGGUAGCGCAGCUGGACGAUUACAACGAGAGAAGAAAGUUCAUUUCAGUGGUUGUUCUAGGGAUAUGUUUAGUGCUUGGAAUGUCCAAUUAUGUAGAUGGAAGGAACCUGAAGAAAGCAAAGGACGAAGUGAAAAAGCCAGAAUGGUUUUUUGAUAGUUCCCCUGGAGUUUCAAUUGGUGGUUUGGGGGAUGCUGGAGGCCUUGGAGGUUAUGGUGGUGGUGGUGGUGAUUUGGGAGGUGGAUAUGGAGGAGGAGCCGGUGGCGGUGGCGGAUAUGGAGGAGGUGGUGGUGGUGGUGGUCUAGGUGGUGGAUAUGGAGGAGGAGGUGGUGGAAUUGUGGGUGGAAUUGGUGGUUAUGGAGGUGUUUACAAAGGAAUUGGAGGGAUUGGGGGUGGAAUUGGUGGUUAUGGAGGUGUUUACAAAGGAAUUGGAGGGAUUGGAGGAGGUGUAGGUGCUAUAGGUGGAGUUGGUGGUGUCAUUGGUGGUAGUCUCAAGCAUGUUGAUGCAAAUAAACCUUAA